AUGUAAAGGUAGCAAAUAGGGGCAAAAAUACUACUAUCCAUGCUAUUGAAAAUGCUGAUAAAAAUCCAAAAGAAAUUACAGCCUGUAUUAAUGAUGUGGCAGAAAUACAUAAAAAAAAGUCACCUCCAUCUUGUUUCAUAUUCUAAAAUUAUGCCUGAUAUUGAAGAAUUAAUGUAAGUCUGGCCUGAAGAAAUCAAAGACUAAUUCUAAAGCAAUUAAUUACCAGGUGAUAAUAUUGAUGUGGGUUUAUAAGAAUAUUGUUAAUUCUCAUGCAAUUUGUUAGAUAUUCCUGCUCAUUCAAUUAAUAAUAAUAGAAAUAUCAUCGAGUCUUUGCAUGUUUUAUUUACAUUGUUUUCGGAAUUCAAAACAAAUUAACAUUUUAGAUAAAACAAUGAUGAAAUUUAAUGA